GUUGACGCUCGCGGCUGCUGCGGUGGCUACGGGGCCGUUGGGGAGGGGCAAGCGGGGCAGGAGACGGCGCAGUGACAGGACCGCCGAGGGUGCUGCUGAGGCGACGAUGGCAGAGGGGCCGGAGGAAGCCCGAGGCCGCCCUCCUGGGCAGGACAACGGUGGAGGGGACCACGAGCCCGGCCCUGCCCUGGGAGGCCUGCCUGCUGCCGCCGCCCCACGCCCCCGAGACGAGCCGCAGGCCGAACCCCAGGCCCCGGGCCGGCCCCCAGCCUCGGGCCUCGCGGCCGCCGCCAAGACCUCGGAGCCGGCGCGCGAGCCCGGGAAUCGCGGGGAGGCGGGCUCCGGCUCCGCCUCCGGCUCCGGCUCGGGAAUGCAGGCGCCGGCAGGCUGCGAGGCACCCGAGGCCGGGGCGCCGCGGGAGAGGCCGGCGCGGCUGAGCGCCCGCGAGUACUCCCGGCAGGUGCACGAGUGGCUGUGGCAGUCUUACUGCGGCUACCUCACCUGGCACAGCGGCCUGGCCGCCUUCCCCGCCUACUGCAGCCCCCAGCCGCCCGCGCCGAACUACAGCUCGGGCGCCGCCGCUGCCGCCGCCGCCCCUCAGACCGCCGCGCCUCCGCCCCUCCAGCUGGGCUACUACAACCCCUUCUACUUCCUGAGCGCCGCGGCGGCCCGGCCUGAGCCGGGGGCGGCCACCGGCGUUGCCACUCCCGCCCCGGUCGGUGGCCCGGGAGGCCGCGCCCCUCACGUGCAGCCUUCGGCCCGGGCAGCCCCAGUGACCAGGGUAGGAUCCGCCGCCGCUUCGCGAGCACCGAGCGAGACUGGGCGGCAGGCAGGCAGAGAGUAUGUUAUUCCAUCCUUGGCCCACAGAUUUAUGGCAGAGAUGGUGGAUUUCUUUAUUCUCUUCUUUAUAAAAGCAACCAUUGUCUUAACCAUUAUGCACCUCAGUGGAAUAAAGGAUAUCUCUAAGUUUGCUAUGCAUUAUAUAAUAGAAGAAAUAGAUGAAGACACAUCAAUGGAAGACUUGCAGAAAAUGAUGGUUGUGGCUCUUAUAUACAGAUUAUUAGUUUGUUUCUAUGAGAUAAUUUGCAUUUGGGGAGCAGGUGGAGCUACCCCAGGGAAGUUCCUGCUAGGGCUUCGAGUUGUGACAUGUGAUACAUCAGUGCUUAUUGCACCAAGUCGGGUUUUAGUGAUUCCUUCCUCAAAUGUUAGCAUUACAACGUCCACUAUACGAGCUUUGAUCAAGAAUUUUUCUAUUGCUUCUUUUUUCCCUGCUUUCAUCACACUGCUGUUUUUUCAGCAUAAUCGAACAGCCUAUGACAUUGUAGCAGGAACUAUUGUAGUAAAAAGAAAUGGGGUUAGAUGAUGCCCCAAAAGUCCUGAAUUCCAUAGUUUCUGGAAUAAUGACAAAACUAUGUAUCAAGGCCAUCAGUAUCCCUGGGUUACAUUAAUUGAUGAUUUAGAAAUUAAAGCAGUCGCUCCAGUGUGAUGCAGGUGACUAUGCUGAACGUGUUGACUUGACUUGAAUGCCAAAGAACUUUUCCAGAGGAAAAACCUGUUAAGUUCAAGUGUUAAAAUUUUUAGAUCGAAAAGAAGGCAAGUGGUGUCAUAAUCAACCAUGAAGAAUAUGUACUUUCUUAAGAUCUAAAGCAUUAGAAUUUGCUAAAAGCAUUUUCGGCUUUGAAAUCUCCAAAUGAAACUUUAAAAACUUAUUUUGGUUUAUCCCAAAAUGAUGGAAAAUGUCCAGUUGUGUUUUGUAAACACAUUCAUCUUUGAGUUUCCUUCAUCUUCUUGAAAUUUGUCUUUGCUUUUUGAGGGGAGGGAGUGGGGGACAUACCUUUGAUAAUAAUCCACUUAGCUCCCAUCCUAGGAGGUGGUGAGUUAGCUGCAAGAGAAAGGGGAAAGUGAGGCCGGCCCAGCAAUUCCCUAACCUGAAAUGUAACCAUCAGUAAGUACUGCAGCCUGCAACUUUGGGGGCAAGUUUUGCAUGAUGAUGAAAAAGUAUUGUGUCAUAUUACUAUCUUAUCGUUGAAUUUUUUUUUUUUUUAAAGGUAAGUUAGUGGUUGCUUUUAAUGGGGCAGGGGAAGUAAAUUUUCACUGUAAAUUUAGCUUAAUUCAUGUGCAAACGUCUUCACUGCCCUAAAUCAAACCAUAUGUGGGGAUUUAUGUCCUGUCAAAUUGUUGCAUAUUCACAAUAUUCCCAGUAUGUGUGCAGCAUGAAGAAAGUAUUAGUGCUUUUCAGUGUUCUGAAUAUAACUUUAUAUACAGUAUAUUCACAUACUAGUUAGUUUCCUUUUAUUAUAUUGUUUCAUAACUUUUGAAACAUCAAGAAGUUAAUCUUAGUAUUUCAUUAUUUAAAUACUAGUAGCCUGUGAAAUACUUAGCAAUUUUCCCAUUAGGGAUUGUUCUUUGUAACAAGGAAGAGUAGCAUUUCCAGACAUUAUUCUAAGUUCUUUGGGCCAUCAGCUCAUUUGGAGCCUGGCAGGGAUGAUGUUUUGAGGAAAAAUAUUAACACUUCGUGUAUUGCCAUUUUAAUUUAUUCUUCCAUUGCAGAGUUGUAGAGUUUUAAGUGUGUGUACGUACUUUUGUUAGAUGGCCCAGUUAGCUGUGCUGAUAAAUACCUGAACUAAAAGUUUUGAUUCUUAGGAAUUUUCUGCAUCUCUGAUAUUUUCCCAAAAAAAACACUAAACUGUACUGGACAGUUCAUAAUUAGGGUGCUUAUAGGAUCAAUCUAGGCUUUAUUUUGAUCUUAAUAGAAAAUAAUUUUGCUUAUUACUAUAUCAAUUUUUAAAGUGGGUUUUUUUGACAUUUAAAACUGAAAAUAUUCACGUUUGUUUAUAGGAACCUUAACAAUGUCCUUAAUGCUUUUUAUUGUAAAAUUUCAUAAACCAUAUUUUUCAUAGUAAUUUUAUAUUAAAUCCAUCACAGAAAGCCUAUUAAAUAUGUCAAAGUACUAAACAGAUCAUUGAUUUGUAACCUCAAAGAAGAUAAAGUGUUAUGAUGGCCCUUCUUAGUCAAUAAACCAAAACCACCCAGUAACUUUUUAAAUUAGAAAUUAUGAAAUGUUACAUAAACUUACCGGUGAGCAGUGUAUACAACAGCACUGGCAUAUAUACCCCUUUUGUCUGAUGGGGAAUUCGAGCUGAAAUGUAUCAUUCUGAAUAUAGCUCUGGAAUAUAUCUUUAAUGUAUAAUUUCCUCUUAGAUAAUUGGAUAGUUUGCCAUCUAGACUUUUUAUUUAUAAAAUAAAAGUAAAUGCAUACUCCAAUUUAAUUUGGUUUAUACUUUAUAGUAUUGCACAUUUGCUAUACCUACGUGAUUCAGAUUAAUUCCUGUGUAGGUGCAUUUAGACCCAUCUCAGGAUUCAUGUUAUACUCUGGAGCCCUAUCAAAAAAUAUUACUUUGUCUGCCUUUACAACAAAAUCCAAGUCCAUUUCCGAAUUCAGUACUUAGGGAGAUUUUGAUUCACAAGUUGCUGGAAGAAGGGAGGGGACCACAUUUUUUUCUCUUGGGGAUGGGGUGGGUGGAGCCUCCCUAAUUUCAUCAUACUUUAUAUUUCAUCUUAUAGAAAUGCUGACUUUUCUGUCAAAAUAGAAUCCUCAUACUGAAGCUCUAUAACCUUUUAUAGGAUAAUGAACAUGAACAUGCCACCCAUAAACCCAUAGAAUAGGCAGUUAACUUAGGCAUCUAGAAAAUCUACCCAUCCUGAGUGGCUAGUGCACCUUGAGGAAAAGUCCGAGUGAUGGCAGGCAAGCCAUGUGACUAUAUAAUAAUCUAUAACUCGUGGCAUUCAUUCAGAAAUUACUUCUGUCUACCCAAACAUUCACCUUCUAGUUUCACCCAAAUGAAUCUUUAGGCGUUUGUUUCAAACAACAGUAAAAAUUUUUAACUCUGCUUAAAAGAAUUUUUCCUUUAAGUAACUUGUUGGGGUGCUUCACUUAUGCAUAAGUAUUUCCAGCAAAAAGGAAGACAGGAAGGAGUUGAGUAAUGGGCUACUUGGAGUAACAGGCUCUUUGGUAGGAAUAUGGAUAUUAAGUAUUUCCAUUCUGCACUUAUCCCUAUGACAACAGGCUAUUGUUUCUUUUAAAGAAUAUGCCCAAAUAAUAGCAGUAUUCCUAAAAUCUGACAAGUAUUGCAGUUACUUGUUUCCCACCGCCCCCCCUCCCCAUGCCAAAGGCCAAAAUCUUUGCCAUAUGUGCUUCCUUGGGUCAAGUUCUUUAUCUCAAACUGUGUAUAUAUUUCCAUGUAGUUCAUCACAGCAGGGCUUGACCCACAAAAAGUAUCUGAUGGCCUGCCCAUAAAUGAAAUUCAACAUUCUAUUUUUAAUCAUUUGUAUGCCACCAAUUUGUAUUGUCUCAAUAAAUACCUGGAUGCCAA